GUGAAGUCUACUUCGCUCUUCCGAACGGCAGACGGCAGUAGAGAGGAGGAAGAGGAAGUAGAAGACGACAAGUUGUGUUGUUUUUAAACGUCACUUCCGGUCGUCCACAGCGUGUUGCGUGCUAAAAAGGAGAAUGGCAGCGGACAUCAGAACUGAGGAUUAUCCUCACGAGAUAGACGAACAGCUCGCCGGGUUCGACUCUUCCGUUUCUUCUGUCAAAACCAUGUUGGAGAAGUUGAUUUCGAUGCCCAGGAACGACCUGCUGCAGAGGCUGGACCCUUUGGAUCAAGCCAAGCUGGAUCUGAUGAGUGCCUACACCCUUAAUUCAUUAUUCUGGAUGUACUUGACUACGCAAGGAGUAAAUCCCAGAGAACAUGGAAUCAAACAGGAGCUGGAACGAAUAAGGACAUAUAUGAACAAAGUGAAAGAGCUCACAGACAAGAAGAAAGCCGCCCGUCUGGAUAAGGGGGCUGCCUCACGGUUCGUCAGAAAUGCUCUCUACGAGCCAGACGACAAAGAUUCCAGGAAAAAAGCUGCGUCCAGGAAAGCAGCAAACACAGCAUCUGACGCCCCACCAUCAAAGCUUCCAAAACGGAGCUGAAGUAAAGGAGGAGUCUGGUAUGGUCUGUCCCCACUGCAUUUUGUACCACUUCUGUGGACAACUGACACUUUUUGCUUAAAAGGCAAUGUAGCAGCUUCUAAAGUUGUGUUAUGGCAGAAUCAUACAAAGCAGCACACUAGUGUUUACAUGGGCUGCUCAUGAAUUUCUUGGAGACUGUUGCCCUGCAGCAGUACCAGAAACACCCCAUCGCAGCUUUUGCUCAACAUAUUUGUGGAGGCUGAUGCUGGCGACUGCACCAGAAUCAAAUGAUUCAGUACUGUAUUUUUUGUAAUAUUCACUUCAUCACUGGGUUGUAAUGUGAAUCUGCAGCCAUGAAAAAAUACAGUUUUAUUUCAAAAAGUGAGAGUCCAGGUAUUAAAAUGGAUAUUUUAGGAGAAAUGCAGAUUUUUCUCUGUAUUUUGAAAGUGAUUCUAUGAAUCAUUUUUAAAUUUUUGUUCAUUUUUGGUAUUUGCUUGUUUUACCCUCAUGAUAUUCAUCAAACAUUGUGUUGAUAAGUGAUUUGUGGUCAUGUAUUCCUUUGAGAAUUGAUUCUGUAUAAACAUACUCACCAAACGGGA